AUGAAGAGCUGUGAGCAUGAACAGGCUUCCCUUGAGCAACUCAAAACAAGAAGAGGAAAGUCCCGCGAGGUUAGUUCACGUUUCCUCUCUCCAUCCUCUUCAUCUUCUUCUCCUAACCGCAGAAACUCCACUUCUAAUUCAUCUGCCAAGAGAGAUGGUCACAACAACAAUGGGAUUAAAGGGCUGAAAAACCAUGAUCGGAUGUCUGAUAGCACACGCGCUUGUUUAGGGUUCCCAAAUGAAAAUAGGUCUAGUGUAGAAUCCAGUGGACUGGAAGUUGACACAAAAGAAAAUCAUAGGCCUUCUUCACCAUGGAUCGAUGAUGAGGAUAAUGUCAUACUUCCAGGCAGAUUUUCUGUCGAUGAAUGUGCAUUGUACAAAGCAACAACAUCCAGGAGAAACUCAUGCUCUCUACUAUAUGAGUCCUAUAACGAUGAAUCAGAUUCUGAGCUGAGUGAUGUGUCCUUUGCUUCAACUCUUAGCACAAAUUGUUCAUCCCGGAGCCAUAAACCUGGUAUCAAGGUCUCUUCUAAAUACCUGCAUGAUUCAAGAGCAAGACUUAGCAGAGGAGGGUCGUCACAAGGCAACAACAAUAUGACCAAACUAAGGUCACAAGAAGAUUCCAAGAAAGGUAACAGCUUUAGAGGCAUUGAGAAUAUGAUGAAGAGGACUAAUUCAAUGGCCAGGUAUGGUAGUUCGAUGUCUCAGUGGGCGUUGUCACCAGGAAGAUCGUUGGAAACUCAGGCCGUGACAAUUCCAAGUUCAAACUUGAAACCUCCAAGAGGCAAAGGCGUUGGUAAACUGUUCAACCUUGGUUUUGAUUUCUUCAGGAGCAAGAAGAAGCCUUCUCCCUUUUCUUCACCAUUGAAACCAAAGACAUGUGACGCAGAAGCUGCUCAUCAGCUGAAGCUUAUGAACAAUCGGUUGGUUCAGUGGAGGUUUGUCAAUGCUAGAGCCUCGGUUGCAAACAAUAAUGUCGCCUCCCGAGAAAAGAAACAAGUACUCUGUGCGUGGGAUACUCUUACCAAGUUAAAACAUUUGGUUCUGCAAGAGAGAAUUAAACUGCUGAAGAAAAACUUGGAGAUGAAGCUGGAUCAUGUGCUUCUUUCUCAAAUUGAGCAUCUUGAAGCUUGGGAGGACAUGGAAACACAGCACUUUUCAUCUUUGUCCAUGACCAGACAAGCCCUGCAUUCUGCUCUUUCCAGGCUUCCCCUAAGGGAAGGUGCGAAGGUGAACAUAGAAUCGGCUGUGGCUUCAUUUCAGAAAGUAGAAGCAGUCACUGAUGCUAUCAUGUCAACUAUGAAUAGUUUUGCUCCCAUGAUGGAGGAUAUUGCUCCACUUGCAUCUCAACUUGCGGAAGUGGCCGCACAAGAGAAGCUGAUGCUGGAGCAGUGCCGUGAUCUUCUGAGAAUGAUUUCUGAGUUAGAGUUUUGGAUGGAAGCAGAUGGAGGAGAGGAGCUUGAAGUGCUGCUUCCUGAUUCAACACAAACAGACUUUGGAGAGAGAACUUGUUCAGGAGUCAGGACUUUGGUUUCUCCUGUAACCGCCGAGUCAAAGCUUUGGUUUAUCUAG